AAAAUGUAGGCGGAGCUACAAGCCAUGAGUAUAUCGUGCUCGAGCAGCAUCAGCAAUGACAACGUCAGAGCGAGAGGUCGCAGCUUCACCGCUGCUGAUCAAACAAUAAUAAACAUGACUUCUAGUAUGAGCAAGUCGACGGAUAUUAUGGAGUGUCAGAAUGGUUACAAGGAUGUUGACCCAAAGAGCAUUGAAGAUGAGCCUCUUCUCAGAGAAAACCCAAAGCGAUUUGUUAUCUUUCCCAUUCAGUAUCCAGACAUCUGGAAAAUGUACAAACAAGCUCAGGCCUCAUUCUGGACAGUUGAGGAGGUGGAUUUAUCAAAGGACUUGGCUCACUGGGACAACCUGAAGUCUGAUGAAAAACACUUUAUAUCUCAUGUAUUGGCCUUCUUUGCAGCAAGUGAUGGGAUUGUCAAUGAGAAUCUGGUGCAAAGGUUUAGUCAAGAGGUGCAACUUCCAGAGGCUCGCUCAUUCUAUGGCUUUCAGAUCCUUAUUGAGAAUGUGCACUCCGAAAUGUACAGCAUGCUCAUCAACACUUACAUCAGGGAUCUUAAAGAGAGGGACUAUUUGUUUAAUGCAAUUCAGACUAUGCCUUGUGUAAAACGGAAAGCAGAGUGGGCCUUACAGUGGAUCUCUGAUACGAACUCCACUUUUGGAGAGCGUUUAGUAGCGUUUGCAGCAGUGGAGGGCAUCUUCUUCUCUGGGUCAUUUGCUGCCAUCUACUGGUUAAAGAAAAGAGGACUAAUGCCCGGGCUCACGUACUCCAAUGAGCUUAUCAGUAGAGAUGAGGGCUUGCACUGCAAUUUCGCAUGUCUGAUGUACAACUACUUGGUGAAGAAACCUUCAGCUGACAGAAUUAAGGAUAUUAUCACAAAGGCUGUGAGCAUUGAACAGGAAUUUCUUACGGAAGCCCUGCCAGUCAAUCUGAUUGGAAUGAACUGUUCUCUUAUGAAGCAGUACAUUGAGUUUGUUGCUGAUCGGUUGUUAACAGAUUUGGGAUUGCCCAAAGUGUACCAGUCAGAAAACCCUUUUGACUUCAUGGAGUCGAUUUCACUGGAAGGAAAAACAAACUUUUUUGAGAAGCGAGUGGGAGAAUACCAGCGAUUUGGAGUUAUGUCAAACGUUGUGGACUCUGAAUUUACUCUUGACGCAGAUUUCUAAUGAUGAAGAUUAUUAUAUUUAUUAGACAGUAUUUCAUUGUAUUUUACAGAGAAAUCAGGCAGUUAGUUGAUUUUUUUUUUUAGUUUGUUUUUAUUUUCUUUUAAGUCUAAGCAGAAAGUGAAAAAUACACAAAAUAAAUUUUAAAUUUAGUUUUUUUUGCACCCAUGCAAACACUACAUAAUGAUGAAUUGACUACAUUAACAAAACAAAGACAGGCAGAGAUCAGAAUGAUGCCUUUCCUUGUAAGAAACCCAAACACAAAUGUUUUUGGUGUAAAUCUUUUGGGAUUUCAAAGUUGUUUUUAAAUAACAGACAGCAAGUAAUCCCAAUGGGCACAUCCUACUGAGAAAACAAUUCCAGUAAUAAAACAUUUCCCCUCCAUCUGUGACCUUUAAAAUCUUAAAGGAAGUGUAAAGAAAAUUAAAUCAAAUAUAUGUGUUAAUAAAGUGUUAUACCUAAUUUAGGUAUCGUAAGCAGUUACAGUGUGUUUGGUAAAUGCCCCAUCAAUAUUUUCUGACUAACCCUUAUUUGAUUAAAAUAUAUAUAUUUAUAUAUAUUUUAAUCAAAUAAGGGUUAGUCAGAAAAUAUUGAUGGUCAAAGCAUAUCUAUGGGUUAAAGUGUUUUGAAUUUGUUAUACAAGGUUUGCAACUGGUGCACAGUUGUUAUCCAAAAUUGUAAAUACUAUUUAUCUAUAUAAUUAUUUUAUUUUAAAUUUAAAAUCUACAUUUUUAACUGAAUUUGCAAAAUUUUAAUUACCAAGGCACAAGCUAGGACUUGUUAGUUUGUGACCAAAUUUUACUUUGGAAAUGAUAAACCA